AUGGCAACGCACGAGACGGGCGAAUACGCUGUCGACGACAUUGACCAGUCUAUCCUCGACACGCACCAUGAACACCACGAGCACGACCAUGAUCAUGUCCGCCACGCAGACGAGAGGGAACCGCGGAGCGGCGCUGUGGGCGAGCGUGUCCAUGAACAACACUGCCACAAGUUCCCGAGCGACGAGUCGCGUGACCCCGAGUUCGAUUCGGCCAAACCCGACACUGUUCGCAAGUCACACGAUGUGCAAGACGACACCGAGUGUCGCUGCACAAGAGUAGAAGUAGAUGUUGUCGGGGAUGGGGACGGCAGUAAAACCAAGGACACCUCCGCCGUCGAUCCCAAGUAUGCGCUCCAGGACCAAACCAACUUGCUCCCCAUCAAACAGGUCAUCGUCGUGUUUGUUGGCCUGAGCUGCGCCCUCUUUUGUGCUCUUCUGGACCAGACAAUUGUAACGACGGCUCUGCCAACACUGGGCAAGGUGUUCAACGCCACGGACAUUUCAUCAUGGGUUGGCACCGCCUACAUGCUCACAUCUACUUCCUUCCAACCACUGUACGGUCGCCUGUCUGACAUUUUUGGGAGAAAAGUGGUGCUGCUUGCCAACAUUAUGAUCUUCCUGGUUGGCUCGAUCGGUGCUGCGUGCGCACAGACCAUGAUCCAGCUGAUUGUCUUCCGCUCCAUCUCGGGUCUAGGCGCGGGAGGCAUCCUCACUCUCAGUUUGAUCAUUAUCGCGGACAUUGUGUCACUGAAAGACCGUGGCAAGUUUCAAGGCAUUUCAGGUGGCGUCGUGGCACUUGCAAACUCGCUUGGUCCCGUACUGGGAGGCAUCUUUUCAGAGAUCGGCUGGCGAUGGUGUUUCUACAUCAAUCUGCCAAUCACGGGUCUCUCGCUUGUCGUCAUCUUCUUCGUUUUGCCUUUGCGCAAAGUCACUGGGUCUGCCAAGGAAAAGCUCAAGAAAAUCGACUAUUACGGCGCAGUCCUCACCCUUGUGUGGGCCAUGCUCGUCCUCCUCGCCCUGUCAUGGGCUGGCACGACGUACUCGUGGACCUCGGCGGCAGUGCUCGCGCCACUUAUCAUCGGUCUCCUCCUCGCUGCCUUCUGGGUCUUUAUGGAAGCCAAGCUCAUCCCCCUCCCGCUAGCGCCCAUGUACAUUUUCAAGAACCAGACGGUCUCGGCAUCCAUGGCGACCACGUUUGGUAACGGUGUAGGCUUCUUUGUGACGCUUUACUAUUUGCCACAAUACUUGCAGGUUGUCCGUGGAGAGACCCCAAUCCAAGCGGCCGUGGAUAUGCUGCCUUUGACAUUCGUCCAGGUCUUCUUCGUCUUCUUUUCUGGAUUUAUGGUUGCCAAGACUGGCGACUACAAAUGGACCCUCCUCAUCGGCUUCUUCAUAUGGACCAUUGGCCUUGGCCUCAUAUCAACAGUCAACCCCACGACGCCAAAGGCCCACCUUAUCGGGUACCAGGUCAUCAUUGGUCUUGGUGCGGGCCCCACGUUCCAAACAAGCCUCAUUGCCAUCCAGGCCUCGGUUGCGCGCCAGGACAUGGCCAUCGCCACAGGUCUACGCAACUUCCUUCGCAUGUUGGGCGGUACGGUGGCACUGGCGAUCAGCGCUGCGAUCAUGAACAACAUUGCACGUUCCAAGCUCGACGCUGCGUUCACAGCCGACAUGGUGGGCAAGAUCCUCCAGGCACCAACAGAACUCCAAGAGCUUGGCCUCACAGACUCGCAGAUCGAGUAUGUCCGUCUGGCCUAUUCCAAGGGCAUCAAUGGCUGCUUCUGGUUCUGUAUCCCCAUCUCGGGCAUAUCGUUCUUCAUCACCCUGUUCUUUGUCAAGCGUGUGUCCCUCAAGCGCGACGACGAAGCGCGUCUCAAGGAAGAAGCCAAGGCGUGGCUCGAGGAGCGCAAGAAGGGCAGCCACAAGGGAGAAGGUGACCACUCGGACGAGGAGAAGACGAUCGGCACCGUCACUGCCGACACGGGUCACAGCGGUUCCCCCUCGGUGCCGCUCAGUGAGCGUACAAUGACUGCUGAGAUUGAGCAGGAGGAGUCGAGGGGGAAGAAUGUGGGAGCACAUUGA